AUGCCUAUGCCUAUUCUUUCCAAGAAUAGAAAUGACAUGCAUGUCAGCCCUAAGAAUCUACUAAUAUGGAUAUGGACAACUUUUGUUUUUUUUCCCCCUCCAUCCUGGAGAAAAGAAAAUGAAACGAAAUACCUCUCUAAUUAUCACGUUAGCGGUCUAAAGAAUAAGAGGGAUUUUGGAUUGCACUCUAAUCCAGCUCUUGAUUCUCUUGAUUACUUAGGGCGAAACGGAGCCCACUUAGCGUCAUGCUUCUGGCUCGGACCGUCGAGCGUGUCAGACAUAUUGGCAUGUCUGCCUUCGGGCUGGGACUCGGCGACCACCGCGUACUUCUCGCCGGGGUUCUGUCCGUCGGGAUACUAUACUGCGUGCUCGACGACUGUGAAUAUUGCUUCUUUGGAGGAGACGAGAGCGACGUGUUGUCCUAGGUAUGCGACAGAAAAUGCACUGACUUUAUUAUUUGCUAACCACCGUCGAUGCUUCAGUGACUACAGUUUCCAGACCGAACCUGCCAAUUCCUGGUUCUGGACUAUGCCCUGUGUCUCGGCCCGUCCCUAUUACAAUGCGUAUGGCGUAGCGAUCCGAUGGCAAGCCACCGAUCUCAUCACAUCUACACCCACGACAACCAGUGAAAUUUCCUCUGGAAGUUUCUCUGCAAGUUCUUCUGCAAGUUCCUCUGAAAGCUCCUCUGAAAGUUCCUCUGGCCUACUCCCCGCCGGCGCCAAAGCAGGAAUCGCAAUCGGCUCGACAGCCUGCUUCCUGCUUCUCGUCCUGGUUGGGCUCGUUGUCUUCCGCAUGGUGCAUCCUCGCAAGCGCAAUGACUAUUCUGAUCAGCAGCGGGUUCAGAGUAUGGUGCAGCAACAGCAACAACAACAACAACAACAACAGCAGCAGCAGCAGCAGCAGCAGCAGCAGCAGCAAGCAUCACCUGGAAAAACCGAGUUGGAUUCUGCGCGAGGAUCCUUCCAUCCAGACGUGGUAGAGUUAUCGGGGUGA